ACAUCGUACGUGAAACAUUGCACUGAGUCAUAUUUAAUAAGUAAAUAAACAAAUAAUAAUGACAGCUAAUAACUUGCGCGUUAAUGAAGAAAAUUUUAAUAUAUUUGCAUGGUGGGCAUCUAUUUUAGUACUGAAAAUUUUUUUCACCGUUGCUUUGGUUGGUUUUUGGAGACAUUACAAAAAAAUUUUUCUGUCACCAGAAGAUGCGAUGUUUAUUAAAGGCUCUAAAGUUUUGUAUGACGAUCCGGAUGUCGAGAGAUGUCGACGAGCGCAUUUAAAUGACUUGGAAAAUAUUUUACCUUGGGUGAUAUCCACGGCCUUAUGGCUUACUACGUCUCCAGAUCCUACUACCGCGGCAUUUUUAAUAAAAACAUUUGCUAUAAGUCGUAUUAUUCAUACUAUUGUUUACGCGGUUAUUGUUGUACGGCAACCGGCGAGAUUUUUGGCUUUUAUUAUAGGAUUAUCUAUUACUGUUUAUCAAACUUUAGCAACUGUUUAUUAUUACUCUUAA